UACAUCAUCACAUUCUCACAUGGCAGAGUUAAGCGUUUCUUCUCAGUCCUCCUUUCUCCUCCUCCGACCCAAAACCGGAAUUCUCCACAACCCCCGAACCGCCAUUUCUCUUUCUCUAAGCGGCGCCGGAGCUCCGCGCCUGCGAUUCGCGGCUUCCUCCGGUCAAGCUCGUAGCUUGAGGCUCGGGGUGGUCUCCGAUCCUACAGCUCCCAGCUUAUUCACCGUUGAUUCUGGCACUAAGGGUAUUGUGAUCGAGCCCGAGAUCGGCGGCGGCGGCGGAAACGGAGGCGAUUCUGGCGGGAGAGGCGGCGGAGGAGGAGGAGGGGAUAAUAGUGACGAUAGAAGCGAGGAGGGAGCUGACGAUAGUAGCAAGAAGAAGGGGAUGUCGAUGUCUCAGAAACUAACCCUAGCUUAUGCUCUGCUUAUUGGAGUGGGUGGCGUUAUGGGCUUUUUGAAGAGCGGCAGCAACAAGUCACUGUUGGCAGGAGGAAUAUCAGCAUCCUUACUCUAUCUUGUUUAUACUGAGCUUCCUAAAAGAACAGUUUUUGCAUCAUCUCUUGGGCUUGGGCUGUCUGCUGCCCUUCUGGUUGUGAUGGGCUCUCGUUUCAAGAGGUCAGGGAAGAUAUUUCCAGCCGGCGUUGUAUCUCUCGUGUCACUCAUAAUGACUGGUGGCUACUUUCAUGGAAUUCUACGUGGCAUGCACUGAAAUAUGCUUGAUGUAAUAAUAUGAGUUACUAUGAUAUUUUGGAUAUUUCCCCCACUUUUUCUUGUUAAAUAUCUGGUAUUCAAUACCAGAUCUCUAGAGUAUAAACAACUUCUAGACUUUUGACUGUAGGAUGUGGUGCUUGAAAGUUUUAACUUUUAUAAUGAAAUUUUAUGUUUGCUGAUUCUA